UUCUCUGUCCUAUUCCCUGACUGUUUGCUGUUGCUUUGGAGCCUCAUAAAUAGGGCAUUGAAAACACUUCCUGCAGCUGAAAGAAGCCCUGAGUAGCUUGUCUCAUUCCCAGUAUGCAGCUCAGCAAGGGGUCCGUCCUCCUCUGUCACUGUCUCUUUUGCCUGUUGUAAUUCUGUCUGCCUCUGAUUUGGCUUGUGUCUCUCUCUAUGUCUAUGACUCUCCUCACUUGCUCCGGCUUGAGUCCCAAUCCCUCAUCUUUCUGCCUUCAUGCCUUUGCACUCGUCUUUUUUGUUUUGUUUUUUGUCUUUCUGCCCUUAACAGCGGUCCCUCUCCCAGUAGUGCCUUCCCCCUACUUCCAGACUGCUUAAUCACUGGGCUCUGCAGGCUUCUCUCUGCCUCUUACUAAGUCUGUUGGUCAGGAGGGCCUUAGGUCCUGUGGCCGUGAGUGGCCGGGUGCCAAAGGAGGGUGGAGUCCUUGGGGCGGGAUUGGCUCUAAAGCCAGCUCAUAAAGACUGGGACUGCAUGAGGUUCUCUGAAGGAGUUUUGGAGGGGCUGUUUGCUACUACGGACAGACCCCCACAGGCUCAGUCGGGGCUCUGCAGUGUCAUGCCCUGGAGCCCCCUGGCUGCGCUGAGCUGGGCGCUGGUGCUCCGGCUGCUGGCGUUGCUGUGGCCCCCAGGGCUGGGCGAAGCGUGCAGCUGUGCCCCAGCGCAUCCCCAGCAGCACAUCUGUCACUCAGCUCUAGUAAUCCGAGCCAAAAUCUCCAGUGAGAAGGUAGUUCCUGCCAGUGAAGACCCUGCUGACAUUCAAAAACUGAUCCAGUAUGAAAUCAAACAGAUAAAGAUGUUUAAAGGGUUUGAGAAGGUCAAGGAUAUUCAGUAUAUCUAUACACCUUUUGACUCUUCCCUCUGUGGUGUGAAACUAGAAACCAACAGCCAGAAGCAGUACCUUUUAACUGGCCAGGUUCUCAGUGAUGGGAAAGUCUUCAUCCAUCUGUGCAACUACAUUGAGCCCUGGGAGGACCUGUCUUUGGUACAGAGGGAAAGUCUGAAUCAUUACUACCAUCAGAACUGUGGCUGCCAAAUCACAACUUGUUAUGCAGUGCCCUGUACUAUCUCAGCCCCCAAUGAGUGCCUUUGGACAGACUGGCUGUUGGAACGGAAGCUCUAUGGGUACCAGGCUCAGUAUUACGUCUGCAUGAAGCAUGUUGAUGGCACCUGCAGCUGGUACCGAGGCCAUCUGCACCUCAGGAAGGAGUAUGCUGACAUCAUCCAGCCCUAGUAGGAACCAGUGACCACCACAUCUUUUGAAGAGUCCUAAAGACCAAGCCAGUUCCCUGUGGUACUCUGAUCAUUACCACCUGCCAUGCUGCUGCCAAUGGGAAGUGACAAGUGAAUUGCCUGGCCAGCAUCAUGGUGGCAUGGGGCAUGCGACAGCUUUUGUCCACAUCUCCAGCCCACAACUUAUUAAAGGCUGGGGAAGGUAGUAUGACUUUUCUGUUUUUCCCUCAGCCCUUCUCCUCUGCAUCUCAAAUCCUAUUAAUUUAGUUUAUGCCUUUUACUGAAAGUUUUUAUUCUGUGUUGGGGUGUUUUCUACAGUCAGGACUAUUUCCUCUCCGAGGAAAGUGUCUUUUCUUUUUCUUUAACUGAUAGGGUAAGGGAGAAAUGGUAACUGUUAUGAGAUGGUACAGUCUUAUGAUAUGUGAUACUAGUAGGUGAGCUGACUGUAUGAGUGGGCUGAUGGGUUGGAAUGAAAUGAACAAUACACUAAAGCUACAUAUCCUCUA